GAUGGCGGCAAUGUGGAUCUUGAAGGACGUUUCAAAGUCUUCUCUUGAUCAGUAGAAAUAGUUUUCAAAAUAUACGCAAAGAUAGCAAGAUGUACCACCCUUCAAGAGGAGGAGUGCGUGGAGGACAAGAUCAGUUUGACUGGGAAGACGUGAAGGCUGAUAAGUACAGAGAAAACUAUUUAGGUGAAUCUCAAGUGUGUUCCAAUUCUCUCAUAACCGAAUUUGAGCUUUAAAACUUCAGAAUAACCGGCCACUUUUUAAAAUAAACAUCUUUAAAAGCUACUCACAUUGGCACGCAAUCGCAAAAAUCUACAAAGCAAAUACAAAAAUGACGUCAAACUGUAUAUAUAUCAUUCUUUCUUCUUUCACAUCAAAUUAAGUUAAGCUAGUUUUGAAAAAUAUUUGUUGACGCGAGGAAUGCAGGAGCAUUUGUUUCCCUUUAAUACCCGAUUUUAAUAGAUCCAUCAACUACAGGACUGUAGUACUAUAGGAGCAUCUGUUUUACUUACUUGAUUGUAGUAAAUUUAUUGACUACAGGACAACGGGACCACAGGACUGCAGUACUGUGAACUGAAAACACACACCAUUUACUUGAUGACUGUGGGACCAUGGGAGUAAUCGACACUGAGUUAACAGAUAUCACUCACAUGUACAGGACUGUAUUCCAGUAGUGCCCGGUGGUGCCACGGUGUCUAGAAAAUCUUAGUUUUUUUCUUACAAAUCACAUGCUGGGCACCCUAGAUUUUACAGUUUCAGAGCACCGGGCUCCCUUUAAUUUUCCUUAGAGCUCAGUCUUGCAUGCCAGAAGCCAGGGAUAUUCUGAAGUUGCUCCAAUAAUUGCUGGCAGCUUUUUGUCAUGCCCAUAGUGAUGUUUUUAAAGCCAUUUAGUGAGCGACGAUUUGUUAUGCUGGACUCAUUAUUGCGCUCCACAAAUAAGUUUAUGUUUUUGACUUGAAGUGAAGUUCAGAUGGCUGGAUACUGGCCAAGGCCCUCUGUUUGUGUUUUUAUCGACUGGCCAGUUUCCGACUAAAUGAUACUUAUGCAUUUCUACAUUCCAAGAAUUCUCUUAUUCUCUCUACUUUAAUUAGUUUUUUAGCAGGCUCGCUUGUUUGGGGUCAUGCGUGAGUAUCUUGGCAGCCUCUGUGGCUCCACUGCCAAGAUACUCGCGCGUGACCCCAAACAAGCGAGUCUGCUAGCGGGCUAUAUUUUAACAGGAGAUGUAACUGCCUGAAAACCACACCCUGUAAUUGCCCAUAUAUAUGUUGUGAUAUACAGUAGAAACUAGGUAACUCAAACUCUAAAGGAGAAUGAAUAACAGUUUGAGUUAACAGGGAAUUUGAGUUAUCGAUGUUCUACUGUACUCUGCAUGCACUGUGUUUAAAGUGGUAAUGUCUUGUUUUAGAUAAGGCUCUGUUUUUAGGGUAAAAUUUCAACAAGCAACAUAGCCUUGCAACAGCAACAUGAGACAGAUAAAAAUUAAUGACAACAAAUGACUUGAAGAUGGCUUUGAAACUGCAACAGCGAUGAGCACAAUAUUAUUGAAAAUACAAUAGUAAAAUACUGUCAAGGACAUGUCCUCCACAGUAAGCAAAAUGUCCGGUUUUGAAAUUCAGCCUACAGGUAUAAAUCCCUCACUAAGAGGACCUGUUGAAAAGAUGCAGAAUAAUAAAUAUUUUUUUCAACCACUUGGUAGAAAAGGAGUUUAUUUCGCAGCAGAGGGAAAUGCUUUUGAUCUUGUUCACCAGCAUGACUACAGUUAUGUCUGCUGAAAACCUGCCAUACCCUUAGUCUUACCUUUCCUUUCCAACUUUAUCCUCAUGAUAAAUGCAUUUUCUGGUAUCAUUCUGCGAGCUUCUGUUAUAUAUCUGCUUAAAAAAUGGCCCUUUUCCAUUGCCACAUUUGUCACAACACAAUGCAAAUAUAGCUAAUGCAACUGCAAGAAAUGUUCAUUUUGCUUAUUUAGGGGGGUUGCUUAUUGGAAUUUUUGGGUGGGGUACUGCUUGACUCUAAGUUCUAUAACAUUAACGUUUUUUGUGUGCAUUCACUAGGUCACUCAGUCAAAGCCCCAGUGGGAAGAUGGCAAAAGGGAAAGGAUCUUCACUGGUAAAUCUUUUUUUUUUUCUAAGCAUUGAAUUUUUCUUCAUUCCUUGUCUUAAGACUAUUCACGACAACUUAUUUUUCAUUAUCUGCCAUAAACAGUCUAGUUUUAAAAUCAGCUAAAUUUUAAUCAGUUAUACACUUAUUUACAGGUAUACAAAGGGUGGUAAAGCAGACUCUGCAAUUUCCAAGCAACAGGUGAGGUAAAUUCUGUAUUACAACCAACGUUAAAUUCGUAGAUUUAGCCAGAGCUUAAAGUGAAGCUCCCUUUAAUGCAUUUUAAAUUUACCUCAGAUAAUGGACUUGAAACCAGUGCAAAGAAAUCCAUAAAUCUAAACUUAACGUUAUGGGAGUGAAAAACAUAAACUUCAGCCUGUGAUCAACUAAAAGCUAAUAACUAGUCAAGAGAAAAUUAAAAAAAACACGUGACCUUGAUGGGUUGGUACCUGAGCCAGCCUGUGAUGUGGUCAUGAGACUUUGGUCAGCAGAUACCUUGUUUUGAUGUCCAUUGUCAAGUUAAACACAAGUUACAGGCUCCCACACUAGCAAGAAGUUUGACAUUUCACAUUGGUUAGCCUGUGGUGCAGAUGGAUAGAUUACCAAAUUUUCUUAGGUAUGGGGCUUAGCUCAUACAUGCUUUGCGCGCACGUAGGGUUCUGCUUUCACUGUUGAUUAAUUUAAGGAUGGAGCCUCUUUCUUUUAUACUGUCCAAAUUUUUGGUACAAAAUAAGAAAAUCUGAGAAUCUUGAUUAUUUCAGUCGUGCUGCCUCAUCAUAGACCCUCCACCCCCACCCCCACCCCCAGCCCCAAAAUAUUUCUCAGGCAUUAUUGAUCACCUGGACUUAAUUGUAUUUCUUAGCAGAAGGUUUUGAAUAAAUUUAUGUUGGAAUAUUGUCUUUUAAAUUUCAGGAGAAAGAUGCUAUAAAGAAAAUGGAGGCAGAAGCUUUGGCUAUAGCUCUGUGAGUAAACAAAAGACAAAGUUGCUCCAAUAAUUGCUGGCAGCUUUUUGUCAUGCCCAUAGUGAUGUUUUUAAAGCCAUUUAGUGAGCGACGAUUUGUUAUGCUGGACUCAUUAUUGCGCUCCACAAAUAAGUUUAUGUUUUUGACUUAAAGUGAAGUUCAGAUGGCUGGAUAAUGGCCAAGGCUCUCUGUUUGUGUUUUUAUCGACUGGCCAGUUUCCUACUAAAUGAUACUUAUGCAUUUCUAUAUUCCAAGAAUUCUCUUAUUCUCUCUACUUUAAUUAGCCUUUUAGCAGGCUCGCUUGUUUGGGGUCAUGCGUGAGUAUCUUGGCGGCCUCCGCGGCUCCACUGCCAAGAUACUUGCGUGUGACCCCAAACAAGCGAGUCUGCUAUCGGGCUAUAUUUUAACAGGAGAUGUAACUGCCUGAAAACCACACCCUGUAAUUGCCCAUAUAUAUGCUGUGAUAUACAGUAGAAACUAGGUAACUCAAACUCUAAAGGAGAACAAAUAACAGUUUGAGUUAGCAGGGAAUUUGAGUUAUCAUUUUUGAUCAAGGGAAAGGAAAUUUAUUUUGAGUUAACAGGGAAUUCAAGUUAUUGAUGUUCCACUGUACUCUGCAUGCACUGUGUUUAAAGUGGUAAUGUCUUGUUUUAGAUAGGCUCUGUUUUUAGGGUAAAAUUUCAACGUGCAACAUAGCCUUGCAAAAGCGACAUAAGACAGAUAAAAAUUAAUAACAACAAAUGACUUGAAGAUGGCUUUGAAACUGCAACAGCGAUGAGCACAAUUGAAAAUACAAUAGUAAAAUACUGUCAAGGACAUGUCCUCCUCAGUAAGCAAAAUGACCGGUUUUGAAAUUCAGUUUACAGGCAUAAAUCUCUCACUAAGAGGACCUGUUACAAUGUAGAUGCCACCAUCACUAAAUGGCGCAGUGCAAGAGAUUGAAAAGAUGCAGAAUAAUAAAUAAUUUUUUCAACCACUUGGUAGAAAAGGAGUUUAUUUCGAAGCAGAGGGAAAUGCUUUUGAUCUUGUUCAUCAGCAUGACUACAGUUAUGUCUGCUGAAAACCUGUUAUACGCUUAGUCUUACCUUUCCUUUCCAACUUUAUCCUCAUGAUAAAUGCAUUUUCUGGUAUCAUUCUGCGAGCUUCUGUUAUAUAUCUGCUUAAAAAAUGGCCCUUUUCCAUUGCCACAUUUGUCACAACACAAUAAAGUUGCUCCAAUAAUUGCUGGCAGCUUUUUGUCAUGCCCAUAGUGAUGUUUUUAAAGCCAUUUAGUGAGCGACGAUUUGUUAUGCUGGACUCAUUAUUGCGCUCCACAAAUAAGUUUAUGUUUUUGACUUGAAGUGAAGUUCAGAUGGCUGGAUACUGGCCAAGGCCCUCUGUUUGUGUUUUUAUCGACUGGCCAGUUUCCGACUAAAUGAUACUUAUGCAUUUCUACAUUCCAAGAAUUCUCUUAUUCUCUCUACUUUAAUUAGUUUUUUAGCAGGCUCGCUUGUUUGGGGUCAUGCGUGAGUAUCUUGGCAGCCUCUGUGGCUCCACUGCCAAGAUACUCGCGCGUGACCCCAAACAAGCGAGUCUGCUAGCGGGCUAUAUUUUAACAGGAGAUGUAACUGCCUGAAAACCACACCCUGUAAUUGCCCAUAUAUAUGUUGUGAUAUACAGUAGAAACUAGGUAACUCAAACUCUAAAGGAGAAUGAAUAACAGUUUGAGUUAACAGGGAAUUUGAGUUAUCGAUGUUCUACUGUACUCUGCAUGCACUGUGUUUAAAGUGGUAAUGUCUUGUUUUAGAUAAGGCUCUGUUUUUAGGGUAAAAUUUCAACAAGCAACAUAGCCUUGCAACAGCAACAUGAGACAGAUAAAAAUUAAUGACAACAAAUGACUUGAAGAUGGCUUUGAAACUGCAACAGCGAUGAGCACAAUAUUAUUGAAAAUACAAUAGUAAAAUACUGUCAAGGACAUGUCCUCCACAGUAAGCAAAAUGUCCGGUUUUGAAAUUCAGCCUACAGGUAUAAAUCCCUCACUAAGAGGACCUGUUGAAAAGAUGCAGAAUAAUAAAUAUUUUUUUCAACCACUUGGUAGAAAAGGAGUUUAUUUCGCAGCAGAGGGAAAUGCUUUUGAUCUUGUUCACCAGCAUGACUACAGUUAUGUCUGCUGAAAACCUGCCAUACCCUUAGUCUUACCUUUCCUUUCCAACUUUAUCCUCAUGAUAAAUGCAUUUUCUGGUAUCAUUCUGCGAGCUUCUGUUAUAUAUCUGCUUAAAAAAUGGCCCUUUUCCAUUGCCACAUUUGUCACAACACAAUGCAAAUAUAGCUAAUGCAACUGCAAGAAAUGUUCAUUUUGCUUAUUUAGGGGGGUUGCUUAUUGGAAUUUUUGGGUGGGGUACUGCUUGACUCUAAGUUCUAUAACAUUAACGUUUUUUGUGUGCAUUCACUAGGUCACUCAGUCAAAGCCCCAGUGGGAAGAUGGCAAAAGGGAAAGGAUCUUCACUGGUAAAUCUUUUUUUUUUUCUAAGCAUUGAAUUUUUCUUCAUUCCUUGUCUUAAGACUAUUCACGACAACUUAUUUUUCAUUAUCUGCCAUAAACAGUCUAGUUUUAAAAUCAGCUAAAUUUUAAUCAGUUAUACACUUAUUUACAGGUAUACAAAGGGUGGUAAAGCAGACUCUGCAAUUUCCAAGCAACAGGUGAGGUAAAUUCUGUAUUACAACCAACGUUAAAUUCGUAGAUUUAGCCAGAGCUUAAAGUGAAGCUCCCUUUAAUGCAUUUUAAAUUUACCUCAGAUAAUGGACUUGAAACCAGUGCAAAGAAAUCCAUAAAUCUAAACUUAACGUUAUGGGAGUGAAAAACAUAAACUUCAGCCUGUGAUCAACUAAAAGCUAAUAACUAGUCAAGAGAAAAUUAAAAAAAACACGUGACCUUGAUGGGUUGGUACCUGAGCCAGCCUGUGAUGUGGUCAUGAGACUUUGGUCAGCAGAUACCUUGUUUUGAUGUCCAUUGUCAAGUUAAACACAAGUUACAGGCUCCCACACUAGCAAGAAGUUUGACAUUUCACAUUGGUUAGCCUGUGGUGCAGAUGGAUAGAUUACCAAAUUUUCUUAGGUAUGGGGCUUAGCUCAUACAUGCUUUGCGCGCACGUAGGGUUCUGCUUUCACUGUUGAUUAAUUUAAGGAUGGAGCCUCUUUCUUUUAUACUGUCCAAAUUUUUGGUACAAAAUAAGAAAAUCUGAGAAUCUUGAUUAUUUCAGUCGUGCUGCCUCAUCAUAGACCCUCCACCCCCACCCCCACCCCCAGCCCCAAAAUAUUUCUCAGGCAUUAUUGAUCACCUGGACUUAAUUGUAUUUCUUAGCAGAAGGUUUUGAAUAAAUUUAUGUUGGAAUAUUGUCUUUUAAAUUUCAGGAGAAAGAUGCUAUAAAGAAAAUGGAGGCAGAAGCUUUGGCUAUAGCUCUGUGAGUAAACAAAAGACCAUCAAAACAUUUUUGUGCAAAAAUAUUUUGAAGUUGCAUUGGGAAUGUGAUCAUUUGGAACUUGGUCAUGAUUUUAUCCCUGGAAAUAAAUAGUUUGCUCUCUUAUGAUCAUGGUAGAUGAGACAAAAAGAAUAAACCUAUUUCACAAUUCACAGACUAAUGUAGCCUGCGUGCAGACGAUAACUAAACUCUGAUUAGUACUGUCUGCGAAGCAGCGCAGAGAUCCUUGUUCUGGACCCCCAACGGACUCAACGAAUUACCGGAAGUGCGUUUCGAAUUUCCCUUCAACCUGAUUGGCGAUCACGACAAACAAAACAAAGGCCUUUUUUAACUGGCCAAUUGUGGUGCGUACUCAAAUCUGGGUACACAGCUGGAAGUCCAGAACAAGNAGUUCUAUAACAUUAACGUUUUUUGUGUGCAUUCACUAGGUCACUCAGUCAAAGCCCCAGUGGGAAGAUGGCAAAAGGGAAAGGAUCUUCACUGGUAAAUCUUUUUUUUUUCUAAGCAUUGAAUUUUUCUUCGUUCCAGGUCUUAAGACCAUUCACGACAACUUAUUUUUCAUUAUCUGCCAUUAACAGUCUAGUUUUGAAAUCAGAUAAAUUUUAAUCAGUUAUACACUUAUUUACAGGUAUACAAAGGGUGGUAAAGCAGACUCUGCAAUUUCCAAGCAACAGGUAACGUAAAUUCUGUAUUACAACCAAAGUUAAUUCAUAGAUUUAGCCAGAGCUUCAAGCGAUUGCUACCAUUUAUGCAUUUUAAAUUUACCUCAGACAAUGGACUUGAAACCAGUGCAAAGAAAUCCAUAAAUCUAUACUUAACGUUAUGGGAGUGAAAAACAUAAACUUUAGCCUGCGAUCAACUAAAAGCUAAUAACUGGUCAACAGAAAAUUAAAAAAACACAUGUGACCUUGAUGGGUUGGUACCUGAGCUGGCCUGUGAUGUGGUCAUGAGACUUUGGUAAGCAGAUACCUUGUUUUGAUGUCCAUUGUCAAGUUAAACACAGGUUACAGGCUCCUACACUAGCAAAAAGUUUGACAUUUUACAUUGGUUGCUCUGUAGUGUGGAUGGAUAGAUUACCAAAUUUUCUUAGGUAUGGGGCUUGGCUCACGCAUGCUUUGUGUGCAUGUAGAGUUCCGCUUUCACUGUUGAUUAAUUUAAGGAUGGAGCCUCUUUCUUUUAUGCUGUACACAUUUUUGGUACAAAAUAAGAAAAUGCAAGAAUCUUGAUUAUUUCAGUCAUGCUGCCUUAUCAUAGUCCCUCCACCCCCACCCCCAGCCCAAAAAUAUUUCCCAGGCAUUAUUGAUCACCUGAGCUUUGUAUUUCUUAGCAAGAGAUUUUGAAUAAAUUUAUGUUAGAAUGUUAAUUUAUUGUCUUUUAAAUGUCAGGAAAAAGAUGCUAUAAAGAAAAUGGAGGCGGAAGCUUUGGCUAUAGCUCUGUGAGUAAACAAAAGACCAUCAAAACAUUUUUGUGCAAAAAUAUUUUGAAGUUGCAUUGGGAAUGUGAUCGUUUGGGACUUGGUCAUGAUUAUAUCCCUGGAAAUAAAUAGUUUGCUCUCUUAUGAUGAUGGUAGAUGAGACAAAAAGAAUAAACCUAUUUCACAAUUCACAGACUAAUGUUAAUAAAGGAAAAAAAGAAGGUUGUGCUUGAGAAUAGCCUGCAGAACAGGUGUUAUUUUUUGCAUUUUUGAGGCACGCAAAGGUAAGCACAAAGCAUGUGUAAUGGGGAAUUUAGUCGGUUUGGUGUUGAAUUAUAUUAUUUUUGGGAUGAAUUCUGAUGGUAGCCCAAGAAAGACUAAGAAGACUGCUGACAAUGUUGCAAGUUUGCUGAUCUUUCAUUGUAUUCUUGACGGUUAGCUUUAGGAUACUGCUUUAGGUGGGCCAAGUGAAGACCAGUCUUCAAAUAAGAUAAUGUGGAAAAGUAAAGUCUUACAACUUAGAGACAUCAGCAAAGUUGUGUUAGUGUAGUUUUGUCCUUGUCAACUAGAACAAUGCAGGUUCUGUUUGUAUUGCAAAAUUUACCACCCCAAUAAAGCGGAUAAAAUUCAUCGUUCAAUCCAUGCCUCAUGCUCAAAAAUGGCCUUAAAGAUGAGCAGUGUUGUCAAAUAGCUGAUGUAUCUUUUAAAAUUGUUUUGCGUUACCGCUGGCAAUAUUCACUCUUUUGGAUCCGUAGUAAAGAAAUGCUUUGGGAUCAUGUAUCCAAAGUAUCCCGUUUUGGAUAUGAUCCAAAGAAUUGUCCACCUCCGUUGUGGAUCAUUUGGAUCAAAAAUUUGUUUUUUGACUAUAGUAAAGAAAUGCAGCAUUAGUAGGAGAAAAGUGAUGUUGAUUACCCUUAGAACUUAAAGCGCUAACCUCUCUUUAUGGCCACCUCUUCACAAUAGUAGCAGCUGCCAAUAAAGUGCAUCCCAGUUGCCAAGAAAAUUUUUAUCCUCUCCCAUACCUCGCCAUAGUGACGCUUCUCUAUAAUGGCCACUUUCCUCAAUCCUUUCCCAAGGUGCAACUUUUGAGAGUUUGAAUUGCAUCUAGUUGGAAGGUUACAAGCUAUAGUUUAUACAGGAAAAUCAUUAUGUAAGGCAUGGCGGUUUAAGAAAGAAUGGAGGUCUUAUCUUCUAACCAACCAAAUCUGACCUUGCUUAUAAGUUCUAUCACUGAUAUUAUCUGAGAUUUUAUUCCUCUCUUUACUGCUGACGAUUAUCUGAACUUGACGGUGUCCAACAGGAAAGCUCGUGCUAUUUUAAUUUGGACACUGUAUGCAAAUGAACUUAAUGUCUUUUAGUUAAUAAUUAUUAUUUAUCAGCUACUUUAUUUUCCUACCUACGUACACUUGUGUAAAUAUCUUAUGUAGUGAGAAAUAAAGAAUUGAAUUGAAUCGUGCACAAGUCUUGAUGCAUGAUAUUGAUCAAAGAAAAGGUCUGAAAUGUGCAUAUUAAGUGCUAGACAAGAUAGUGUUAGUAAGUAAAGCAUUUGACCACCCUCCCAAAAAUUAAUCUUUUGGUGUUGCAGAGGGAAGGGAAAUGUCAAGAAAAAAGCAAGUGGAGUUUCUAAACAGGUGAGGAACUCCCCUUUUUAUUUAAUUACAAUUAAAUUUUAACUAAUAAUAAUAAUUAAUCAGAAUAAUUAUUUAUUGCUUAGUGGGUGCAAAUUAACAUAUGGAUAUGAUCAAUACACAAUCUAGGAAUGGAUUUUUACUAUCCUGCAAUAAAUACACUUAUUUUGUCAUAAUCAUUUCAUAAAGAUGUUGCAAAUUGCCAUUGUAUGUUGCAAAUUGCCAUUGUAUGUUUUAUUUAAUCAAUUAAUCAUUUAAGUUUAAGUCAGGGAUCCUCUCUGAAAAGCUCAGCGGAGCUUGCUGAGAUAUCUCCUGUUCAUGUAUCCCAGCAAAUACCAACAAGGUACAAUAAUAUUAUCAUUUUACAAAGUGGCAGAAAAAGGAAUAAUUACACAUGCUUUUCUUUUUUGUUAGGAGCUGGCUGAAGUUUGUCGUAAAGGCCAGUUAGAGCGUGACUCUAUGGACAUUGAGAGAGUGGAAGGCAUGGGUUUUGGAAGGUAUUUAAAAAUAAUGACUUGUAGGAGCCAAACUCUGUUAUCAGGGCUAAAAAUAAACACCCCAUUCGGUUGUUUGGGACAAGCAGAUUACCUUGCUCGGCAACUAACUUUGUAAGCUCACUUGCCUGGUGGGUUAGGGUCCAGCAAGGCAUCUUGCAAUUAAAAUAUCAGUGAGCAAGACAAACAAGCAAAUGAAAGAGCUACUAGUCUUGUCCAAAGGCCAAUUAAGCUGGAACUGAGUUUUUAAGCCAUUUGUUGUGUUGGCCCUAAGCUACAUAAUGUGGUUAAAGUUUCUUAAUAAAUCGUAAUUUUUUUAUUUAAAGUAACCAAGCAAAUUUUGAUCGCGACGUUGUCCCCUGUUACAUGUAAAGAAUAACAGGGUCACAGAGUUUUUGUUAUUACAACGAUCGUAAGUCUUCUCUAUAAAGUGCAGCAAUAAUAAGUAUUGUUCAAUAGUGUGUCACUGAUGGUCUGCUAUCAAAACAGUUAUUUUUAUCUGGCUAAAAAUGAAAUUUAGGCUUAGUUUAACUCAGGACAUGGCUAGCCAGCACUCACUCACAGGAGAUUUGCUGGGUUGCCCUAAUCAUGUCACAGGGGCUCAUGGGUUAUUUUUACAUCCUUUCACUUGAGGUCAGGCCAUUAUUUCCGUGUGUUGUUCCCUGCAUGUUGUGGCUUGUACUUGCAAAGUGUUUUUCUACUCCCUACCCUUCCCUAGUGUAUGGUAUUAAAAUAUGUUAGAUUCCACUUUUAAACAGUGUGACAGUACCUGGGUGAAAGCCAUUCUCGGGGUUGUCAGGGUUAUCCAUUAUGCAUCAAGCAGUAUGGGGCUCCACCAACUUCACAGGUACCUCUCCCCAUGCUCUCUGUUGAUGAGUUUUAUGAGUGCUCCUUUCUAUAACAAUUCUUCAAUUGUGGUUAGGUUUUGGGUAGUUCUGGCCAUAGAAGAGAAAAAUAGAAGAGAAACAGAAAAAAAGAAACACCACUCUCAUUUUAAGCAUAUGGCAUGAAUGACUGUCUCUCAGCCUACAAAUUUUUUUCAACAGCUCAAGAGCUAGGCUUAUGGAUGUUGCAUCUGCACCAGUUAAAGAAACACUUGGAGCUACUGGUACACAGGAGGUAAACAGUUUAUUUAAUUAUAAUAACUGUAUAAUCAAAUAGGAUCAACCAAUCUUACUUAUCUCUGAAAUGGUUUUGAUUGAAAAAUGUAAUUAUGGGUAUAAUAAUAAUGUAAAUAAAAUUGAUUAGACAUAAAUUUCUUAUGAAUUAAAUAAUAAUAUUUCAUGGUUAGAGGUUUGAACACAGGAAUCAUUUCAUAAGUAGGUGGAAUAUGACCAUCUGGGUCAACGUAGUCCUGAAUAGGACUGUUGUUGAAAGCACAGGGCACCUAGAAUCACAACAGCCAUACUGGCAGCCAAAUUUUAAGGACUUGUAUGGAAAUUUAUCUUAAGAUCGAUAAAAUGAUUAAAAUGUACAAAAACAGCUAUAAAAGUAUACAUACCUCAUGAAAAGUUGUGUCUUUGUUGUUUUCUUACUGUUUCCUGUCCUACAACUUGCUAAAGUGGUGGUUAUAGGGCAGGAAACAGUGUUGGUAUUAAUAAAACUAUGGUUAUUGACCACAAUGCUAUUGGUCAUCUUUCGGUUAAGCCAUAACGUUAUUUGCUUUUUAUGUCUUGUUUUUGAAGAUGUGGUUCAGGUGCGAUUCAAUCUAUUUUUUGCCUUACUUUAAUGGUUGUUUAUUGUCAGUCAAAUCCAGUCAUAUAUCAUUAUUUUUUUUUUACUACAGGUAGAUAUUCCAGUCCAGGGAAGUAAAAUUAAUGAAAAGGAGGAAAUUCAAAGAGGCAAAGAUAAAACCAAGAGAAAGAAAGAUAAAAAGGAGAAGAAAUCCAAAAAGGACAAGAAGCACAAGAAAAAGCAGUACAGUGACGAUGAAAUCAAAGAAUCCAAAAGAAGGAAAAGAAAACACGAUCAUGAUGAACUUGACAAAUUUGAUAAUAAAAAUGCUAAAUAUGAAAGGAAAAGAUCACACAAUCAUAGUGAACACAAAAAGAACUCUAAACGCAAGAGGCAUGACUCUUCAGAAAGUGAAUCAUCGGAUGAAAAAGGGAAGUAUUCUAAAAAGCGUUUUGAUCCAUCAACUGAAGGCUAUUCUGGGAAAGCUGGCAGUAAGCAUAGAAUAGAUGAAAGGCCAAAAGAAAGAAGACAGAGGCAUGAUACAGAAUGAAUAAC